AUGGGCGAAGAAGAGGAGUGGGCGCAACUGCCGCUCACCGACCAAUUUCAACACAAGAACUGGAAGGCGCGAAAGGGCGGCUACGAAACAGCAACAAAAGAGUUCAAGACCGCACAGCCUUCAGACCCGAUCGUGCGCGAGUUCACGCUAGACAGCGGCUUGUGGAAAGGCGCGGUAGGCGACGCAAACGCAGCAGCACAGCAGGAAGCGCUCAACGCAUACAAUGCCUUCCUCGAUGCGGCAGGCACAGAUGGAGCGCGAAAGACAAGAGGCGUAACCGUAGGUCCAGCGGUGGAGAAGGGUCUGACUGGAAGACCGGCCGCCAAGGCUUCAGCGCUGGAGUCGAUAUUGCUGCUGAUCGAACUGGAUAAGCCGGAUCCCGUGAUAGACGAGGUACUGCCGUAUUUGUCUCAUAAGACGCCCAAAAUGAUCGUCGCAGCAUUGGAUGCGCUAAGAGAGGUCUAUCAUGCCUACGGUUGCAAGACGGUCGAGCCAAAGCCGGUGAUAAAAUUGCUACCAAAGGUGUUCGGCCACGCAGACAAGAAUGUGCGAGCGCAAGCACAAGCUCUCACUGUCGAGCUCUACAGAUGGCUGAAAGAACCUAUGAAGCCUCUCUUCUGGAACGAGCUCAAGGAGGUACAGCAGAAGGAUCUAGACAAGCUAUUUGAGCCUGUAAAAUCCGAACCAGCUCCCAGACAAGAGCGCUUGCUUCGAUCACAACAGGCUGCAAAAGAACGAGAGGUCGAAGAAGCCGCAGCAGGGGGAGAGGAGGAGGCUGAAGAUGGUGGCGAGAUCGACCUUGAGCCUGAAUUUGAAGCAGUAGACGUGCUCGCCAAAGUGCCCAAGGAUUUCAACGACCGGCUCGCAAGCACCAAAUGGAAAGACAGGAAAGAGGCUUUGGACGAAACUUUUGCGGCUGUCAACGUCCCUGCCAUCCAGGAAGGUUCGUUCGACGACAUUAUUCGAGCGUGUGCCAAGAGCAUGAAGGAUGCAAACAUUGCGGUAGUUACGGUCGCAGCAAACGUCGUUGAGUGCCUGGCAAAGGGCUUGCGAAAGUCAUUUGGCAAGUACCGCAGUCAGAUUCUCGCGCCAAUGCUGGAACGCUUCAAGGAGAAGAAGGCGUCAGUAACAGAUGCUAUCGGCGCUGCUUGCGAUGCCGUGUUCAUGGCUACAGGUCUCGGCGAUGUGCAGGCUGAUGUCCUGGAAGGUCUUAAGAACAAGAACCCUCAAGUCAAGGAGAACAGCGCCAAAUUCCUUGCACGGUGUCUGAAGACGACGCGGGAAGCACCAACGCCUGAGCAGACAAAAGAAUUGGCAGAGGGGGCCAAGAAAUUGCUCACAGAAAGCGCAGCCCCUCUCCGAGAUGCUGGAUGCGAAAUCCUUGGCGUUCUCUGGAAGAUAAUGGGCGAUCGCAACAUGCUUGCUCAUCUCGACGGACUCGACGAUAUCAAGAAGAACAAAGUCAAGGAGUUUUCAGAUGCAGCUGAAGUGAAAGCCAAGUGGAAGCCGAAGACAGCAGCACCCCCAGCAAGAGCUGCAGGUGGUCCAGGUGCCAAGAAGCCUGCACUAGGUUCGAAGAGGCCUGCCCCAGCUGGAGCAAAGAAGCCAGCACCCCCAAGAGUGACAUCUCCUCCGGCAGAAGAUGCUCCUCUGCAACCACGUCCUACGAGCAGACCUGUUGGUAAGCCUGCUGGUGGACUGCGACCUCCUGGCACAGGUCUGAAGGCGCCAGGUAGUGGGUUGGCAAAGCCCGGUCUCAAAGCCUCAUCGGCCGCUGGGGCCGCCUCGCCGAAACGUGCUGGUGUGGUCUACGAUGAGCCUCCACCAGCUCCUGCCACGCCUAAGGCGGGAUUAGGAAGAGGCUUGGCUGGUCGACCACUCGCGAAGCCUUCAGCAGCGGCCACAUCACCUCCACAACCACAACGGUCAUUGGAUCACGUUUCGAGUGGACUCUCGAGUGUAGAGCGUCAAGAGCUGGACGCACUCCGUGCAGAAGUCGACCUCGUCCGACAGCAAGCCUCCGACCUGCGAAACGAGAAACUUAAGAUGAGUUCACAGAUCGCAGAGCUGCAGGUGCAGAAUGCUCAGCUUAUUGAGGAUCACACUCGCGAUGUGCUUCAAAUCAAAGCCAAGGAAACCCAGCUUGUCCGUGCUCGGUCCGACGCAGAGUCUGCAGAAGACCGAGCGAACACGCUUAGUCGAGAGAUUGAUCGUCUGAAGCGUGAGAUAUCGAGAUUGAGCCGAACCCAGGCUGGUAGAGACAGCCCGAUCGAGUCAGCAUGGAAUGGAGGAAGUACAUCACCCCGUCCGGUGUACGCAUCUAGUAGAUCAUAUCAUCUUCCACCGGCCCGAAAUUACGGCAGCAUCGAUGGAAUCGAAGGUAAGGAGAAUCAUCCUCGCACCGCAUCCGAGGGAAAGCUAAGAGGCGGACUAGGCGAGCGGAGCGAUAGCAGACCCAUGAGCAAUGGCUCUUCUGGCGGUCGCGCAACUCCCGCAUUGGGCGAGGAUGGCGGUACCAUCAAUGGCAGCAGCAGUCUUCGAGGGAGCCAAGGCGAUGGGCAAGAGAGCUGGCGAAGAGCAGCUGAAGUCACGCAAAAUCUGAAGGCCAGGAUCGAAAUGAUGAAGGCCAGGCAGAACAUCAACCGCGGGCAAUAAUGCUUGCCGCGUGACGUUUUGUGCUUUUUGAAAUCAGCUCCUCACAACUUUUGUAUGUAUGAAUGAUGGGCAUUACGACCAGGAUGGAUGCAUUGGCAUGGCACGGCGUUCAUUCUGGAGUACGCAUGAUACCCAUAUGGGUUCUUUAUUAGGUUCAAGUACAGGUUGGACUAAUCCAGAUCACUUCACAUUUGC